CUGUUGAAUUUUCUGCUUCAUUGCCUACUUUUUUUCCCUAUUUAGUUUGCCUGAAGCUUGCUGGCUGCUGUGUAGGGCUGGUGUGUGGCUGGGCUGUCUGGGCCAUGAACAGCUUCAGGGCUGCCAUCCUCUUCUGGGCAGUGGCAGGAUGGGCUAAAUCAGGCAAGCCUCCAGGAGAGACAGAUAAAGUUGGAGUUCAAAAAUGCAAGAAUGCCUUGAAACUACCUGUCCUGGAAGUCCUACCUGGAGGGGGCUGGGACAAUCUGCGGAAUGUGGACCUGGGACGGGUGAUGAACUUGACUUACACCAACUGCAGGACAACAGAGGAUGGACAGUAUAUCAUCCCUGAUGAAAUCUUCACCGUUCCCCAGAAACAGAGCAACCUGGAGAUGAACUCAGAAAUCCUGGAAUCAUGGACAAAUUACCAGAGCAGCACGUCCUACUCCAUCAACACAGAACUCUCUCUUUUUUCCAAAGUCAAUGGCAAGUUCUCCACCGAGUUCCAAAGAAUGAAGACCCUUCAAGUGAAGGACAAGGCUGUUACUACCCGAGUUCAGGUGAGAAACCUGAUCUACACAGUCAAAAUCAACCCAGCCUUAGAGCUAACCUGGGGUUUUAGGAAGGAGCUCCUGGACAUCUCUGACUAUCUAGAGAACAACCGGACGAGGAUGGCCACCUACCUGGCAGAACUUUUGGUUCUCAACUAUGGCACCCACGUCAUCACCAGUGUGGAUGCUGGGGCUGCUCUUAUUCAGGAGGACCACAUCAGGGCAUCCUUUCUACAAGACAGCCAGAGCAGUCGUAGUGCCGUGACCGCAUCUGCUGGAGCUGUCUUCCAAAACAUUGUGAACUUCAAAUUUGAGGAGGACUAUGCCUCACAGAAUGUCCUCACCAAGAGCUACCUCUCAAACAGAACCAACUCCAGGGUGCAGAGCAUCGGAGGGGUUCCUUUUUACCCAGGCAUCACCCUCCAGGCUUGGCAGCAGGGCAUCGCCAACCACCUGGUGGCCAUCGACCGCACUGGCCUGCCUCUGCAUUUCUUCAUCAACCCCAACAUGCUGCCUGACUUGCCAGGUCCCCUGGUGAAGAAGGUGUCACAGACGGUGGAAACUGCCAUUAAGCGCUAUUAUGCGUUCAACACCUACCCUGGCUGCACAGAUCUCAAUUCUCCCAACUUCAAUUUUCAGGCCAACACAGAUGAUGGCUCCUGUGAAGGAAAAAUGACCAAUUUCUCUUUUGGUGGAGUUUAUCAGGAAUGCACUCAGCUCUCAGGGCAUGAGAAUGUCCUCCUCUGCCAAAAGUUGGAGCAGAAGAAUCCACUCACUGGUGCUUUCUCCUGCCCCUCUGGCUACUCCGCAGUGCACCUGCUGUCCCAGAUCCACGAAGAGGGUUACAACUACCUGGAGUGUCGUAAGAAGUGCACCCUCCACAUCUUCUGCAAGACGGUGUGUGAAGAUGUGUUCAAGGUGGCAAAGGCUGAAUUUAGGGCUUUUUGGUGUGCAGCUAGUAGCCAAGUACCAGAAAACUCAGGAAUGCUUUUUGGGGGCCUCUUCAGCAGUAAGAGCAUAAACCCCGUGACAAAUGCACAGUCAUGCCCAGCCGGCUACUUUCCACUGAGACUCUUUGAAAACCUCAAGGUAUGUGCCUCUCAGGACUAUGAGUUGGGAAGCAGGUUUGCGGUUCCCUUUGGUGGGUUCUUCAGCUGCACAGUUGGGAACCCCUUGGUGGAUCCUGCUAUAUCCAAAGACUUAGGGGCACCGUCUCUGAAAAAGUGCCCCGGGGGCUUCAGCCAGCACCUAGCCCUUAUCAGUGAUGGAUGCCAAGUGUCCUACUGUGUCAAGUCCGGGCUCUUUACAGGAAGGUCCCUGCCCCCUGCCAGGCUCCCACCUUUCACUCGGCCACCCCUCAUGAGUCAGGCUGCCACCAAUACUGUCAUAGUGACCAAUUCUGAGAAUGCAAGAUCCUGGAUUAAAGACUCCCACACCCACCAAUGGAGGCUGGGAGAGCCGACAGAGCUGCGGAGGGCCAUGAACGUCAUUCAUGGGGAUGGUGGUGGUCUGUCAGGAGGGGCUGCAGCUGGGGUCACAGUGGGGGUCACCACCAUUCUGGCUGUUGUCAUCACCCUGGCCAUCUACAGCACCCGGAAGUUCAAGAAGAAAGCUUAUCAGGCAAUUGAAGAGAGGCAGAGUUUGGUUCCAGGCACUGUAGCAACUGGAGACACCCUGGACCCAGCGCAGGUGCAGAGUCCAGCUUAAAUCUCUCCCCGAAAAUGGCUUCUCUCAUCUCCUACCAGUGUGGUCAUUUCUGAUCACUCUGUUUUCCUAAGUAUUGAAAUGGCAAGUGCCACCAAAAGUAGGUGUAACUUUGUGACUUCUUGUUUAGGUGUCUGGGUCAGGAAAUUCAUAUUGUUACAUGGAUAAGAGGGGUUGGGGAGAGUGAACAGCUGGGACUAGAAGCAAAAGCCAUUCUGGGACUAAAAUAGGAAGCAGGUGUCCUUUCCCGAUGUGUGUUGCUGUCUUCACCUGAAUGCAUUUGUGUAAAAAUAGAGGAGAGUGUUAAUGUUUGGAUUUGGAAGCUCUGAAUUUACUCUGAAGUUUGCCACUGCUUCCAAUUUCUGAGCUCUAAGAAUUUCUGCCUGUAAGAACUACCCUCUUUUUUUUUUUUUAGACAGUCUCGCUCUAUCACCAG